AUGAAGUUUGAGAAUGUUCUGGCAGAGGUGGACGGCUUUGGGAGAUUCCAACUAAUGAUAAUCUUCAUGACUGUAAUACCUCGUAUGACUUUGCCUUUUCACUUUUUGCUGAAUAAUUUUGUCGCAAUUAUUCCCUCUCACCACUGCAACAUCAGCUCUCUGGAUGAUGGAGGAUAUUUUGGGAAUUUAUCCCAGGAAGAGAGGCUUAUUGUUGGUAUUCCAGUCCAGGAGGAUGGGACUCCAAACUCCUGUCAGAUGUUUGCAGAGCCUCAGUAUCAUCUGCUGCUGAACUCCUCCAGCAUGACUGAACUACCAACAGUGCCGUGCCAGAAUGGAUGGGUAUAUGAUACUUUCAGGUCUUCUCUGGCCACUGAGUGGGAUCUGGUUUGUGAUAAAAGAAAAAUGAACAGAGCCACAGCCACUAUCUUCUUCUUGGGGGUCAUGUUUGGAUCAGCAGCGUUUGGCUAUAUUAGUGACAGGUUUGGCAGGAAAAACUCUCUUCUGGUGUCUUAUGUGACAACGAGUCUCUUUGGAUUUACAAGUGCUUUCUCAUAUAAUUUCACCAUGUUUGCUGUCAUGAGGUUCCUGACAGGAUUUGGAAUUUCCGGAAUAAGUAUAGCCAGCAUCGUCCUUUGUAUUGAAUGGGUGGACAUCAAGCAUCGAACUAAAGUUGGCGUCUUAAUGAGUCUGGACUGGAGUAUUUUUACAGCUCUGCUUCCUGUUGUGGCCUAUUUUGUGAAUGACUGGAGGGUCCUCACUGCCACAGCAACCUCCCCGCUGAUUCUGGCAAUAAUUUCUUGGUGGUGGCUCCCUGAGUCUGCCAGAUGGCUGAUAAGUAAUGGAAAGGUAAAAGCUGCUCAUUUUUACUUGAAAAAGUGUGCAAAAGUGAACGGCAGAGAGCAGUUCAUGGCUGACUUAAAGCCUGAGAGUCUGUCGAAGGUAAUACUUGUGGAAAAUGAAAACAGAAAAUAUUCCUAUGUGGACCUUGUGAGGACCCCAAGAAUGAGGAGACUGGCUAUACUCACUGCCAUUGUCUGGUUUGGAGUGGCCUGCCCGUAUUACGGGAUCAUUUUCAAUGUCUCUGGAUUUGGUUUGAACAUCUAUAUCACACAGUUGAUCUACGGCUUGAUUGAACUUCCAGCCAAAGCAUUAAUCUAUUUUGCUAUGAACAAAGUAGGCCGAAGGUCGAGUCAGGGUGGAGCGCUUGUUCUGACUGGACUGUGUAUAUUUUGCAACAUGUUUGUCCCUCAAGAUAUGGGGCUCGUUCGGACAGCUGUGGGAGCUUUGGGCAAGAUGUUUGCAGAGGCAUCUUUCACAUGUGUAUAUCUGUACACAACAGAGCUUUACCCCACAGUAAUGAGGCAAAAUGGAUUGGGGUACAGCUCCUUCAUGGGCCGUAUAGGCGUGUCUGUUUCUCCCCUCAUCAUCCUCCUUGAAGAAGUGUGGGGCCAUUUACCGAGUACCAUAUUCUCUCUGGUGGCGUUCACUGCAGGGCUGACAUGUUAUCUUCUUCCUGAGACACAAAACAUCCGUUUACCAGAGACCAUUGAAGAGGUGGAACACCCAAGGUUUGGCAGGAAGAGAACGCUUCUGAUCUCCUACAUGUUAACCACCGUCUUUGGAUUUGCUAGUGCUUUUUCAUACAAUUUCACCUUGUUUGCUGUCAUGAGGUUUCUCACUGGAUUUGGAAUUUCUGGAGUCAACAUAAUCGCCAUUGUCCUUUGAAAGUUUUUUAUCUUAUUGUAUAUUUGUAUUGAAUGGGUGGACAUCAAGCAUCGAACUGCAGUUGGCAUUUUAAUGAGCCUGGACUGGAGUAUUUUUACGGCUCUGCUUCCUGUUGUGGCCUAUUUUGUGAAUGACUGGAGGGUCCUCACUGCCACAGCAACCUCCCCGCUAAUUCUAACAAUGAUCACAUGGUGGUGGGUCCCUGAGUCUGCCAGAUGGCUGAUAAGUAAUAGAAAGCUGAAAAGUGCUCAUUUUUACCUGAACAAAUGUGCAAAAAUCAAUGGCAGAGAGCAGUUCAUGGCUGACCUGAAGCCUGGGGUUCUGUCCGAGACUACUGUAUUAAAUAUAGAAACCAGAAAAUAUUCGUAUUUGGACCUCAUAAAGACGCCCCAAAUGAGGAGACUGACUCUUCUUUCUGGCAUCUUGUGGUUUGGCGUGUCUUGUACAUAUUAUGGAAUCAGCUUAAAUGUUGCUGGGUUUGGUGUGAAUAUUUUUGUCACACAGUUCAUCUACGGCGUGAUUGAAAUUCCAGCAAAAAUCUUCAUCUAUUUCACGUUGAAUAAAAUAGGCCGAAGGAUGAAUCAGGCUGGCACACUUGUCCUGACUGGAUUGUGUAUAUUCUGCAACAUUUUUAUUCCUCAAGAAAUGACUAUCUUUCGGACAACUGUGGGAACUUUGGGAAAGAUGUUUGCAGAGGGAGCUUUUACAAUGGUGUUUCUGUACACAUCAGAGCUUUACCCUACAGUAAUAAGGCAAAGCGGAUUGGGUUACAGCUCCUUCAUGGCCCUCACAGGUGUGUCUGUGUCCCCUCUGAUCAUGGUUCUUGAAGAACUGUGGCUCCCUCUACCUGGUAUUGUCUUCUCCUUGGUGGCCUUUGCUGCAGGGCUGUCAGCUUGUUUACUUUCAGAGACACACAAUAGCCGUUUACCAGAAACCAUUGAAGAUGUGGAACAGACAAGGGCGAUCAGUCCGGACAUCUGAAGAGACUUCUUCUGUUAAUUCAUUUUUUAUUAGAU